AUGACCAGGCUCAAAGGACAUUACGCACCGACACCCUCGAAGAUCGCCCGCCGCUUCGCUUUCCGUCGUCGGGUGCCGAGACCUAACGAGUCAAUUAGCCAAUUUCUAGAGUCCUUGCGGACUACGGCUGCCCAAUGUGACUUUACCAACUUAGAAGAAAACUUGGUGGAGCAGUUUGUCUGUGGUGUGCGGGAUGUAAACUUGCGAAGCCGAAUCUUCCAGAGCCUCAUGGAGCGUUUGCUCCACGGGCUUCCCGGCGUAGUACCGUAUUUCGACGAUGUCCUGAUCGCUCCUUCCAGCCGCUCAGAACUCGUCGAAGUACUAAGGAAGGUCCUCCUGCGUUUUAAGGGCGCGGGUCUCAAGUUGAAGCGCAGCAAAUCAGCGGAGGUCGCGGCCUACACGAAGGCCGAUCCUAUCCUCUCCCAGGUCUCCUCCUGGGUCUUGAGGGGGUGGCCCACAGACAAAGUGGCGGAGGGCUUCCGGCCCUUUAAAGCUCGGCAAGCGGAGCUUUCCAUCCACGGGGGGUGUCUCAUUUGGGGGGAUCGGGUAGUGAUUCCUGCUGCGUUGCGGCCACGAGUUCUGCCUCUGCUCCACAAGGAUCACCCAGGCAUAGCGCGGAUGAAGGCCUUAGCCCGCAGCUAUGUCUGGUGGCCUUUGUUGGAUUCAGAGAUAGCGGCCUACGUGGGCCGCUGUGCUACAUGUCAACUCUCUAGGCCCAAUCCUCCAGCCGGGCCUGCUCCAGAGUGGGAGGUUCCGAGAGGCCCGUGGUCACGCCUCCAUGUAGAUUUUGCCAGUCCCUUCCACGGCCAGAAUUUCUUAAUUGUGGUGGAUGCCUACUCUCGGUGGGUGGAACUGGUCCUGAUGGCCUCCACCAUGGCCGAGAGUACGGUCCGGGCCUUACGCAGACUGUUCGCAACCCAUGGGUUGCCGGACAUACUUGUUUCAGAUAAUGGCCCGCAAUUCACAGCCACCACGUUUCAGGAGUUCUUGGCCGAGCAGGGGAUCCGGCACGCGCCCAUAGCCCCGUACCACCUGGCCAGGAAUGGCCGGGCGGAGCGGGCGGUCCGUUCAGCUAAGGAGGCGCUGGGCCGUAUGGACAGGGGCGACUGGCAGUCGAGAGUGGCAGCUUACUUAUUAAGCCAGCAUUCCACCCCCUGCCUGACAACCAACAAAAGCCCCGCGGAGCUCUUGAUGGGCCGGCGUCUGCGGACUUCCCUGGAUAGACUCCAUCCGCUCUAUUCCGGAGACCAGCCAUGCAACCUGGAGGUUCUCCCUUCCCGUUCCUUUAGACAGGGGGAUCUGGUGUGGGCCCGCUCUUUCACUGGGGAGCCCAGGUGGGUUCCAGCUAAAGUGACCGCGCUGACUGGCCCCUGUUCUUUCAGGGUCGGAUUGGCUGAUGGAUCCGAGUGA